CUCUUUCGCUGGCCUCACUAUGGGAAGCUCGUCAUGGGAGAGAUGCUGUUCAUUAAGGUUUACAACUGUAGCAAGGUUUUCAGUAACAGGCUUCUCGGUACCCUUGUCCUCAGCCUUCAGCACCUGAUGACAUCUGGGAGGCUGAUCCUCCGGGAGGCCCUCGUCGACAGAAACCACAGAGUCACCGGUAUCUACAUUGAGUUGGAUUUGCGCUACCAGCCUCCAGAUGGCUCAGCUGGGACCUGGGCUGAAGAGGACUUUGUCUAUCACAUGAAAGACAGUUCAGAGUUAAUCAUCCACAAUCCUGGAUUUGAGGAGCUAGAGGCAGCCGAGGGGCCAAGAGCAAGUGAACUGGACAGGAGGGCCGCUGCACUGGGCAGGAAGCUGGUGAAAGGCCUGGAGACUGAUGAGGAAGAGGAAGAGGAGGAAGAAGAUUUCUACGAUGUGUCUGAGAUGGAGGUCUCGGGCAUUGUCUUCAGCCCUGUGAAGAGCCGCUCCAGACUUUACUCCGCACGGGACCUCUUUGCCACCCCAACCCCGCAGAGCUUCCAGGUUGGGAUUAAUAUCAUUGAAGCGCAGAAGCUGGUGGGGGUGAACAUUAACCCCUUUGUGGUAGUCAAGGUUGGAGAGGAGAAGAGGCACACGGCGAUGCAGAAGUCAACAAAUUGCCCCUUCUACAAUGAAUAUUUUUUGUUCGAAUUCCAUGAGCCAAAGGACAUUUUAUUCCACAGACUCAUAGAGAUCUCGGUUUUUCACUCAAAGAAGAUACCGUUCCUGGGAACGUGCAUAGGAACGUUCAAGAUGGAUGUUGCGACAGUGUACAGCCAGCCAGAUCACAGGUUUUUCCAGAAGUGGGCUGUUAUCAGUGACCCCACGGACACCCGGGCAGGCGUGAAAGGCUUUGUGAAGUGCAACAUCUCUGUCACCGCGCGUGGGGAUGUUGUGAGCUCCCUUCCCACCUCCUCCGGCAGCCAGGAUGAGGACAUUGAAAGGAACCUGCUGCUGCCAAAGAGAGUCCCUGCAGAGAGACCCUGGGCCAGGGUCUGCAUCAAGCUGUAUCGUGCCGAGGGCCUGCCCAGCAUGAACGCAGGCAUCAUGGGUGGUUUCUCCAAAAUCAUAGGGGAGAAAAAAGUCUUCAUCGACACAUAUGUGCAGGUCUCGUUUUGUGGGCAGCAGGGGGAAACGUCAGUGGAGACCAACACCACUGAGCCUGAGUGGAACGAGCAGAUCAGCUUCAUCGAGAUGUUCCCACCUCUGGCCAGGAAGAUAAAAGUCCAGGUGCUGGAUGAUGCCAAUGUUGGUGACGUGGCCAUCGCUACACACUACAUUGACCUGCAGCAGAUCUCAGACCCUGGCAGGAAUGGCUUUAACCCCACGUUUGGCCCAGCUUGGGUGAACCUGUAUGGCUCCCCUCAGAACUCAGUUCUGCGGGACAUCCACAAGGACCUCAAUGAGGGCAUGGGUGAAGGGAUCUUCUACCGUGGGCGCAUCCUCCUGGCCAUCACGGUGGAGAUCUUCAGCAGCCCCAGUGUCGCAGAGAGGAAGCUUGGGGACAAGACAAAAGGUGCCCGAAGCAAACUGAAGCUGAAGAAGAAAAGUAAGAAAUCCAAGGAGAAAGCCAAAGAACUGAGCCAGCUGCAGGGAGAGGAGGAGGCUGGGGGCUCUCAGGAGGCUGAGCAGCCCGGGGAGGUCACUGUGGAUGUGGAAGAGCUUCAUCCACUCCCCGAGAAUGCACUGGGGAGGAAGGAGGAAUUCCUCCUCUUUGCCGCCUUCUUUGAAGCCACCAUGAUGGACUCCUCUAUCAGCUCCAAGCCUGUCAGCUUUGAAGUCUCUAUAGGAAAUUAUGGCAAAGCUGAAGACGUUGUGACCAAAGUAUGGAGAAAAGUGGAAAAGGGAGAAGUGAAAGAAGAAAAGCAGCCUUUGCUGGACCCUGGUUCAGAUGGUGAGCUGGAUGUUGAAGUCCUGUCCCCAGCUUCAGCAGCACUGAACAAGUCGGUGACAGAGAGCCAGAGACCAGAGCCCAUGGAGUAUGACAGGUCAUACAGCUGCCUGCCCAUGAUCCGUGAGAAACCCUGCGUGUAUGUGUGGAGCUACUGGGAGGAUCACACCUGGAGACUCUGCAUUUCCAACUGGAUUGUCAAGCUGGCAGAGCGCCUGGAGCAGGGGCUGGAUGACGUGGAGAAGCUCAUGAGAAGGCCAAAGGCUAAAGCAGAAGAGCGGCUCAGAGAGGUGCUGGAGGAAUUUGUAGCUGGAUGCAGGCAAUAUUCACUCAGCACAGAGAGAAAAACAAUGGCACAUCCAAACAACCUUGACAGAUGUCGGACGAAAUACCUGAUGCGCAACAUCAUCCUGUAUGCAAAGCAGGGGCUCCGCAUGAAGCGGCGGCUGACUCGAGCCAAUGUCAAGGAGAAGGUUAAGGAGACAAGGAGGGUCCUGACAAAGCUACGCUUCAUGGCUAAAGAGGGCUCCCCUGAGUUCCUUGGCCAGGCCUUUGCUGUCCCGCAGGUGAAGCUGGUUGAUGAGCCGUAUACCAAACCUGCCCUGCAGUUCUUCGAUUUCUACAAAGGCACCAAAGCAGCGGGAGAGCUCAUUGCCACUUUUGAGCUGAUUGAGCUGGAUUACAGUGGCUAUUUGGAGCCAUCAGUGCCUGAGGACGUGGAGCCCAAGGAGCCCGACUACCUGGGAGACCCCUGUGCUGGACGGUUCAUCAUCCCUGAGGGCAUCCGCCCAGUGCUGAAGGAGUUUCGCAUAGAGAUCCUGUUCUGGGGCCUGCGGGACCUGAAGCGGGUGAACUUGUUCGAGGUGAAUCAGCCCCAGGUGAUCAUUGAGUGUGCUGGCAAGAAGGUGGAGUCGGAGGUGAUCGUGGCCUACAAAGAGAACCCCAACUUCACUGAGCUGGUCAAAUAUAUGGACGUGGAGCUCCCAGAGCAGGUCUACCUGCACCCUCCCCUCAGCAUCUUUGUGGUGGAAAAGCGGGCGUUUGGGCGCACUGUGCUGGUGGGUACCCAUGUUGUGUCCGAUGUGAUGAAAUUCUUCCCCAGAGAGCUGGAGGAGGAACCAGAAGACAUGCCCAAAGCUCGGAAAGUCUCAUCCCAGCGUCUUCCCUCUCAGACUGUGGUAAACAUUAGCCCGGCAGCUGGUGACCCAGGUCCCAGCACUCACCCCCUGAGUCUUGUGAAGGCUCCUUUGAAGAAAAUUCCUUUCAAUAAGCUUGUAAAGAAGGAGGAUGAAUAUGAAGAGGAAAAACCAGAGCUGGAAGAACUGGAUUGGUGGUCCAAGUACUAUGAGUCCCUGAAGGAGCUGUAUAACCAGACACGCAGCAAUGAGGAAGAUGCUGAGAAUGAUGACCUGAAUGAUGCAGAUGGAGGGAAUUUAAAUGCAUCCUCCAUUGACAUGGAAGCAGAAGAUGAGGCAGUAAUUGAAGCUCAACCUGCUCGACCCAAGAGGAAGCUCAUCGCCACCCUUCAGAUCUACAACUCUGAGCUGGAAAAUGAGUUUGAUAAUUUUGAAGACUGGCUGUGUAUUUUCCCCCUUCAUCGUGGCAAAGCAAAUGAGGAUGAAGAUGGAAAUGAGGAUGAACAUUUUGUGGGCAAGUACAAGGGCUCCUUCUAUGUCUACCCCACUGAGGAAGCAGGCACGGAGCCCAAGGUCUCCCAGGGUGUUCCAAGGAACAGACCCAUCAAGGUUCUUGUAAGAAUUUACAUCGUUAAGGCUACGAACCUGUCUCCAGCAGACCCUAAUGGCAAAGCAGACCCCUACGUGGUGGUAACUGUGGGGCAGGAGCAGAAGGACACAAAGGAGCGAUACAUCCCAAAGCAGCUCAAUCCUGUGUUUGGAGAACUUGUGGAGCUGACAGUCUCCUUUCCCAUGGAAUCAGAACUCACCGUGGCAAUAUUUGACCAUGAUUUGGUUGGAUCUGAUGAUCUGAUUGGGGAGACCAAGAUUGACUUGGAGAAUCGAUUCUACAGCAAGCACAGGGCCAACUGUGGAGUGGCUUCUCAGUAUGACAUAAAAGGCUACAACAUGUGGCGAGAUGCUUUCAAGCCCACACAGAUCUUGGAUAGUUUAUGCAAGAAAAACUCACUCCCUGCAGCAGAGUACAGAUGGGAGGAGGUCAAAGUGGACAAUAAAAUAUUCAAGGUCCCUCCAGAGGCUUUUCCUGAAGAGGUCUCUGUGAGGAACAAGAGAGGAGUGGCAGAUGAGAACUGGUCUGUGGAUGAUGAACAUAAGGCUUUGUACGUCCUGCAGCACUGGGAAGAGAUGCCAGGAUACGGGUACAAGCUGGUACCAGAGCACGUAGAGAUCCGGUCUCUGUAUAACCCGGAGAACCCUGGGCUCGUGCAGGGCUCCUUGCAUAUGUGGAUUGACAUGUUUCCAAAUGACGUCCCCGCACCGCCACCUGUCAAUAUCAAGCCACGACUGCCUGUCAGCUAUGAGCUGCGUGUGAUUAUCUGGAACACGGACGAUGUGAUCCUUGAUGAUGUCAACCCAGUAACGGGAGAGCCUUCCAGUGACAUCUAUGUGAAAAGCUGGAUAAAGGGUCUUGACCAUGAAAAGCAGGAGACGGAUGUUCACUUUAACUCCUUGACCGGGGAGGGCAAUUUCAACUGGAGGUUUGUGUUCCGCUUCAACUAUCUCCCGACCGAGAAGGAGAUCACCUACAAGAAGAAGGACUCUGUCUUCUCCGUGGAGGAAUCAGAGUUUCGGGAACCGGCUGUUCUGGUCCUCCAGGUCUGGGAUUAUGACAGGAUUUCAGCUAAUGACUUUCUAGGCUCCAUGGAGCUGAAGCUGCAUGACAUGGUGCGGGCAGCCAAGAGCUCAGAGCAUUGCACCAUCAAGAUGGCCAAGGAGAACGCAACACCUCGCUUUUCCAUCUUCCGAAACAAGCGCAUGAGAGGCUGGUGGCCCUUCAUCAAACUCAAAGAUCAAGAAGAUGAGGAGAGAGAGGAGAGGGAGGACAAGCAGAAGAAGAAGAAAAAGAAGUGGAGCAGCUCAGUCAAACCAGAGGACGUGGAGUUCACAGACCCCAGUGGGAACAAGUACCUCCUGACGGGUAAGGUGGAAGCGGAGUUCCAGCUGCUGACUGUGGAGGAUGCUGAGAAAAGUCCCGUUGGUUUGGGCCGAAAAGAGCCUGAACCCCUUGAAAAGCCCAACCGGCCAAAAACUUCUUUCAACUGGUUUGUGAAUCCCAUGAAGACCUUUGUGUUCUUUAUCUGGAAGCGGUACAAGAAAUACAUCAUUGUGCUGUUCAUUGUCGCUGUUCUGACCAUCUUCCUGGUUCUUUUGAUCUACACCAUGCCUGGAUACAUCAGCGAGAAGAUCAUCAAUGGAUAA